AUGGCCGCGGCCGGCGGGCUCUGGAGCUGUGCGGACCCGAGUCGCUGGGCCGCGGUCUUGGAGUGCUGCGGGGUGGUGCUGCGGGCACGCGCGGGCCCCCAGGGGCGGCUGGAAGCGCUGGACCGGUACCGAGAGGAGCUACCCGCGGCUAUCGAGGCCCGCGCGGAGAAGCACGUGACACGAGACGAGCUGGAGCGGCUGCUGGAGUGGAAACUGGCGAGGGGCCGCUUCCGACCGCGCCUGCGGCAACUUGUGGCCGCCAACUCUCCGGAGCUGGUGGUGCAGCGUUCGGCCGCCGCCCUCCGCCUUCUGCCAGACAUGCACGCAGCGGUCAUGGCUCUGUGCACCCUCCGCGGCGUGGGCCCGGCUACCGCCUCGGCGGUACUGGCUGCCAGAGCUCCUGAGGCGGCAGCCUUCAUGUCUGAGGAGGCAGUGGCCGCAGUGCCCGGCCUGCCCACCCUGCAGUACACUGUCAAGCACUACUUGCUCUACCUGAGCCGGAUGCAGGAGCGUGCCACAGCCCUGAGCCAAGGCAGUGCAUCUCGGCUGUGGGCCCCACGCCGCGUGGGGAUGGCCCUGUGGACCUGGGCUGCAGGGCGGAAGAUGUGCCCGAACCUGCUGCCCAACCUGGGUCCCGGCCUGGUCCCCGCCGAGGACACCAGGCCAGCCAAGAAGCGCAGGACCCAGGCUGAGGGACUUGGCUGCGGCCCAGAGCCUGCUCACCUGCCCUGUGAUCUCAGGCCAUAA